AUGUGUGUAGACUACAGGGAUUUAAACAAAGCCAGCCUGAAUGACAAUUUCCUGUUGCCUCACAUCGACACCUUAGUAGACAACACGACGGGUUAUUCAUUGUUCUCUUUCAUGAAUGGCUUCUCCAAAUACGACCAGAUAAAGAUGCAUCCUGAAGACAUGGAAAAGACCACAUUCGUAACUAUUUGGGAACAUUUUGGAUUUAUAGCCAGCGAGAAAGGGAUCGAGAUCGACCCGGAUAAAGUCAAGGCUAUACAGGAGUUGCCUCUACCACACUCAAAAGGAGGUGCAUGGGAUGAGGAAUGCCAGAAGACCUUCGACAAGGUUAAACAUUACUUGUCCAACGCCCCAGUACUGAUGCCACCUAGCCCAGAUAAGCCACUGAUACUGUACUUGGCAGUAUUUGGAAAUUCUAUGGAAUGCGUGCUUGGCCAACAUGAUGAGUCAGGGAGGAAAGAAAGAGCGAUAUAUUAUCUCAAAUGCGUGCUUGGCCAACAUGAUGAGUCAGGGAGGAAAGAAAGAGCGAUAUAUUAUCUCAGUAAGAAAUUUGCUAAAUGUGAGACAAGAUAUCCGCCAAUUGAGAAGUUGUUUUUUUUCCUUAAUCUGGACAACCCAAAGACCGAGACAAUACAUGUUGUACUAUACGACUUGGCUUAUCUCGAAAAUAGACCCUCUAAAAAUGUAGUAAAAGGGAGUGCAAUAGCAGAUUUCCUAGCCAAUAGAGCCCUAGAAGAUUACGAGCCUAUGAACUUUGAUUUCCCAAAUGAAGAUCUGAUGUAUAUUACAACCACUGAAGAAGAUGCUCCAAAAGAAUAUCCCUGGAAACUAAAUUUUGAUAGGGCCUCAAACGGAGAUCAUUAUCCUUUUACCAGCAAACUUGAUUUUGAUUACACAAACAACAUGGCAGAAUACGAAGCAUGCAUCAUGGGUAUUCGUGAAACUAUAGAACGUAAGAUCAAGGUGUUGGAGGUAUGUGGUGAUUCUGCACUAGUGAUUUAUCAACUCAAAGGUGAAUGGGAGACGAGAGAUUCCAAGUUGAUCGAUUACCGAAGGCUGGUUCUUGAGUUAAUUAAGGAGUUUGAUAACAUCACUUUCUGCUACCUCCCGCGAGAUAAAAAUAAGAUGGCUGACACUUUGGCUACCUUAGCUUCCAUGGUCAAAGUAAACAAACAAGAGGAUCUAAAACCUAUCCAUAUGAGUAUUUAUGAGGCUCCGUCCUAUUGUUACAACAUCGAGGAAGAAAAAAAGGAUAAUCACUCUUGGUACCACGAUAUACUGCAAUAUGUAAAGAAUCGUGAAUACCCUGAUUAG